AUGCUUCCAUCCGCCAAGCACAGGCGAUUCGAGCGACUUCCUGAGCGCGAGGAUUUCACCCACGAUUGGAAUGAAGAGUAUCCAGAUCCUAAUCAGAAGAGAUGGCUGCCUUUUAAAAUGCCAGAAGAGGAAAAUGUUGAUUUUGUAGCGGGACUAAAGGUUGUUUCUGGCGCUGGGGAUCCAAAGUGCAGACAUGGAACGGCAAUUUAUGUUUACACUUGCAAUUCUUCAAUGGAAAAUUCUGCGUUUUACUCUUCAGAUGGAGAGUUUUUGAUUGUCCCUCAGGAAGGAACAUUGAGAAUUCAAACAGAACUUGGUCUACUCAUUGUCGAACCUGGAGAAUUGGCUGUCAUUCCUCAGAACAUCAGAUACGCCGUUCACGUUGACGGUCCAGCACGUGGCUACAUCUGCGAAGUCUUUGGUACUCGUUUCACCUUGCCGAAUCUUGGUCCUAUCGGGGCUAACGGUCUCGCCAACCCGAGGGAUUUCCAAUAUCCGACUGCGUUUUACGUCGAAAAAGAAGGACUAUUCAAGAUCUACAAUAAAUACCAAGGAAAACUAUUCGUCUGCGAGCAAGAUCACUCCUGCUUUGACGUCGUCGGUUGGCACGGAAACUACUCGCCGUAUAAAUACAACAUGUGGAAGUUCUCCGCCGUUAACUCGGUGACCUUCGAUCAUAUGGACCCUUCGAUAUUCACCGUUCUCACGGCCCCUUCUCUGGAAGAAGGAACAGCGGUUGUUGAUUUAGCGCUCUUUCCGCCUCGUUGGUCGGUGCAUGAACAUACUUUUAGGCCCCCUUAUUAUCAUAGAAAUGUUAUGAGUGAGUUUAUGGGACUGAUUUGCGGCAAAUACGAAGCUAAAGAAGAUGGUUUUCUUCCAGGUGGCGCUACUCUCCAUUCAAUCGGCACACCGCACGGUCCCGAUGCUGAGUGCUUCUCGAAAGCCUCUUCAGCUCCGAUGGAGCCUCAAUUUAUCGGCAGUGGACAACUGGCAUUCAUGUUCGAAACAUCGCUGAUGCUGGCGAUUACAAAAUGGGGACAGAAAACGUGCCAGGUGCUUGACGACGCAUAUUACGAAUGCUGGCAGAAAUUACAGAAAAACUUCUCGCUGGACGACAAGCCAGAUGAAAACGACAAGAAUUUCUUCCGAAACCUUGGGACUGGAAUUUAA